CAAACUGGGGAGCGGUUAAUGAUUCCAUCCAGGCCAGGCGCUGGGAGGGAGGCAGACUCUAACAAGGAGAUAUGGCAGGAGGAGCUAAGAGCUGUUCAUCUGUGUCAAGUUCUGGUACUCUUGUGUAAUAGGCAAGCUCUUUUGCUCUAGUUCUGUUUUGCAGAAGAGACACAGAAGGAGCGGCAAGCCCAAGCACAAAAGCUGAAGCUCAGCCUUGGCAACCAAGAACCCUUUCAGGCCUCCAAGAGGGAAGGAACAUUCACAAGAGUCUUCUUGCCAGAUACAAAGAUGGCAAAUGAAGGCAACCCUUGCCCCUGCAAUGCUGGAGAUACUCUUGACUACAAAAGUAUUGGACAUGAAAUUUCUGUUGAGCACAUCAGUGCCUAUCUUUGCAAACCUUCCCUCCCUACGGAGAAAGCUGUGAUUGUGAUUCAUGACAUAUAUGGAUGGCAGCUGCCCAAUACCAGAUACAUUGUUGAUAUGCUUGCAGCCAAUGGAUACCUAGCAAUUCUCCCAGACUUUUAUAAAAGACAAGAGCCUUGGAAACCAUCUAGCGAUUGGUCGACAUUUGAUGAAUGGCUAAAAACAAGAGAUGCCAAGAAAAUCAACAAGGAGACAGAUGUUGUCUUGAAGUAUCUUAAGGAGCAGUGUAACCUGAGGAAGAUAGGAGUCCUUGGAUUUUGUUGGGGUGGAGCUGCAGUACAUCACCUGAUGUUGUCAUAUUCUGACUUCAAGGCAGGCGUCUCAGUGUAUGGAGUCAUCAGAUUAGCAGAGGGCAGGUACAAUUUAUUGAAUCCCACAUUUUUCAUUUUUGGAGAGAAAGAUGAAUUCAUUCCUCUUGACCAGGUCUCUAUACUAGAACAGAAACUGAAAGAAGAGUGCAAAGUCAAUUUUGAAGUAAAAAUCUAUCCAGGACAAACACAUGGCUUUGUACAUCGCAAGAAAGACGAUAUGAACGCUAAAGAUAAACCCUACAUUGAAGAAGGAAGGAAGGACAUGAUAGACUGGCUCAAUAGAUAUAUUUUAUAGACAGAAUCUGUGGAAAUCAUAGGAGAAUGAUAGUACAACAGACAGGAUUUAAUCAAAUUUUACUCAAAUAUUAUGUGUACUUUUUAUUCACCACUAAAGCAAACAUAGCUGCACCACAUAUAUAAAGUGGUUUAAUAGUCUUUCCCCCUAUUCAGAUAAUCCCAUUUUGAGUUUUGCUAUGGAGGAAGAGGGUCAGAGGCAGUGUUCCCUCUAAGCUGAGUAAGUGUGAGCUAGCUCACAGAUUUUUAGCCCCCAGCUCACACAUUUUUGUCUUAGCAGGAAGGAUGACCCCAGAGCACACUAAGUGAUGCAGGAGCUCAAAACUUUCAUGCCAGGAGCUCACAAAGGAGAGUUUUUGCUCACAAGACUCUGCAGCUGAGAGGGAACAUUAGAGGUGCAUCACAGAGAAUUAACAGCACAUCUGUCCAACUACAGCUCCUAGAAUUCUUUGUUGGGAAGCAUUGACAGUAACACUGGUAUAAAACAUAUAUUUCUAUAAUGUGAUUAUGAUUAUGACAUGUCUUUAGAGGAAAUACAUCUUUGACUGCAAAUAAUCUUCUCAGAGUAUUUGUCUAUUUUAACAACUCAACAGAUAUUAAGUCUGUAAGUCUGUAAGAUGAGCAAAUGACAUCCCUGCUGUGCUUGUGGCAUUUGAGCCAUCUGAGGUUUCAGCAAGAACUCCAAGACAAAGCUUUUUCGUCUUGCAGCCCGAUUUCUUCACACCUGUCUGAUAAACGUGGAGUUAGGCACACAGGAAAGAAGAUGAUAUUGGAUUUAUAUCCUGCCCUCCACUCCGAAGAGUCUCAGAGCGGUUCACAAUCUCCUUUCCCUUCCUCCCCCACAACAGACACCCUGUGAGGUGGGUGGGGCUGGAGAGGGCUCUCACAGCAGCUGCCCUUUUGAGGACAACCUCUGCCAAGGCCAUGCUAGCAGGUGCAAGUGGAGGAGUGGGGAAUCAAACCUGGUUCUCCCAGAUAAGAGUCCGCACACUUAACCACUACACCAAACUGGCUCUCCUAGGACUCUGGGAGACUUUCCCAGGCACGGAAGGCACAAGUGGGGGCUAUCUGUAGAUAGCUUAGCCAUGCAAGGCUUGUGCCGUUCAAAAUAUCCUGCCCCUUCCAUAAGCCGCAGAUUUAAUUAUUUAUUUUAGUAAAUUUCUAUUCUGCCCAUUCCCCAUAGGGCUCAGGGUGGAGUACAACAUAUAAUAAAACAAUAAAAACAUUUUAAAAACAUUUUAAAAACAGGCAACUCAACAGCACUCAAAGAAGUUUACUGUAUCAUUAUAUAUUGUCCAGCCUGGCCGUCUCACAUCAUGAUAUCUCAUAGAGAUGGCAGAUGAUAAUCCAUUUUGUAGCACAGGUGACAGUACCGAUAGGGAAGGCCAACCAGAUCAAGAAUAGACGCCCGCAGCCCGGCAGAACAGCUGUUUUACAGGCCCUAUGGAAGCCAGGUAGGGCCUGGAUUUCUGUAAGGAGCUGAUUCCACCAGGUCGGGGCCAGGACUGAAAAAGCCCUUGCCCAAGUUGAGGCUGUCAGACAUUGGAGAGCAUUCCUUGACAUGACUAACUCCAUUUUUGAACUCCUGUUACUAACUAUGAAACAGAAGACCUUACAUAUCAAACAGUCUUAGAAAUGUUACUAACCCAUGCUGUGAAUUCCUCUGCAUAACACUAACAAAGCAACAGCUCUUUGAAGAUAGCGAGCCUCAAGGAGAGCCAGCAGGGCUCCUCCGUGAGAAAGGGAGCUGCAAGCGAUAAGAAGUAGGGAGAGUGUUACUUGUAGCAUUAGAGUGUGAGAAUGUGGGAUUGUUUGGAAAUGCCUUGAUGUAAGGCCUUAAAACCCAUGUAUGUUUCAAUACUUGCUAUCAGUUCCAAUAACUGCCUAUUCAGAACUUUGAGAUAUCAAAUAAACGCUACUACUUUUGCAACAAA